AUGGAAAAAUUGCUGAGACCAGAUCGUUUUGAAGCAGACCAAAAUUCACCCACAGCUGCCAAGGAGUGGUCUCAUUGGAAGAAAGUGUUCCAAAAUUAUACUGCAGAGGCUAAACUAAAAGAGGAGGAUAAAAUAAAGGUACUCAUUAACUUUUUAAGCCAUUCAGUAUACGACUAUAUAAGCGACUGUAAAGAGUUCAGUGAAGCCAUUAAAAUCCUAGAUGGUAUUUUUAUAAAGCCCAAAAAUGAAAUAUUUGCCAGAUAUCUAUUAGCCACGAAGAAACAACUGGUAAGUGAAUCUAUUGAUCAAUACUUGCAGUCUUUAAAAAUGUUGGCUAAAGAAUGUACAUUUAAAGCCGUAAAUGCCUCACAGUAUGAGGAUGAGUACAUAAGAGACGCAUUCAUUAAUGGUAUUAUGUCUAAUAACAUCCGUCAACGUCUAUUAUAA